AUGGAGCCCGUGCCGGUGCCCGUGCCGGUGCCCGUGCCGGUGCCCGUGCCGCUGCAGGACUUCGCGGGCCGCCUGGACCCCGCUUCCCUUCCGCGCGUGCUGCGGGUCUGCUCCGGAGUCUACUCUGAAGGUUCCAUCUAUGAGCUUUUUGGGAAUGAGUGUUGCCUCUCCACAGGGGACCUGAUCAAGGUCACCCAUGUUCACCUCCAGAAGGUGCUCUGUGAGAACCCAGAGACGGGUCAGACCUUGGAGCUCAACCCCGACUUCUCAGGCCUCUUCAGUACACUCACCAGCCUGCAGAGCUACAGAACCCUGGAGGAGCUCAUCUCUGCCAUGCCCCAGACCUCCACACAGUGGCCCAUCUACUUCAAGUCAACGGAAAGAAUUAUUACGGAGGCCACGGUGGUGCCUGCGGAUCAGCUGCUCAGGCUCGAAGCUGUGGAGAUACAUCAUGGGACCCACUAUGCAUGCUGUGUCCAGGACUCAAAGGCCCAGGAGAUCAUCCAUUAUCUGCCCCUUUCCCAGAAGGGACCCUUCUGGAGAUGCAAGCCUGCUGCCCCUCAAACCCUGCUCCAAAUCCUGCAGGAUCCAGCUAUGCAGGGCCUUAUGCUCACCUGCCCCUGCCUACCCUGGCGCUCCGUGAUCCUGAAGUCCCAGUAUAUGCUCCAAGCCGUGAUGCACAUGCGCCCCACCAUCGUCAAGAUACCAUCCACCCUGGAGGUGGAGGUAGAAGAUGUCACCGCCUCCUCCCACGAUAUCCAUUUCAUCAAACCACUGCUGCUCAGCGAGGUCCUGGCCCAGGGUGGCCCCUUCCCUAUGUCCACAGAGAUCCUGGAGGUUCCUGAGGGCCCUCCCAUCUUCCUCAACCCAUGGGUGGGCUCCCUACGCAAAGGCCAGAAGCUCUGCAUCUACGGGCCAGCCUCGCCACCCUGGCGGGUCGUGGCCAUAAGCAAGAGCCGAAGGGUUCCCAGAUACUUUAUUCUCUCUGGGGCCUACCAGGGCAAGCUGAGGCGGAGGCCCAGGGAGUUCCCCACGACCUAUGAUCUUUUGGGUGCUCUCCAGCCAGGCCGACCCCUCCGGGUGGUGGCCACAAAAGACUGUGAUGGGAAUGAAGAGGAGAAUCCUGGAUUUUCUUUCCUGGCUGUGGGGGAUCGGCUGGAGGUGCUGAGGCAAGGCCAGGUCCUUGGGACACAGGGCCAGGACAUAGAUGUCUUGGUAUGUCAGCGGCUGAGUGAGCAGGCAGGGGAGGAAGAGGAGGAAGAGGAAGAGGAGGAGGUAGAGAACAAAGAACAGAUUCUGCUGCCCCUCUACCUCUCUGGUGCCUUUGUGGAGGAGGUGAAUGAUGGCCGGCGCUAUAGCCUAGUAGAUCUCACUGCCCAGUUCUCCCUGCCCUGUGAGGUCAAGGUGGUGGCCAAGGAUGCCCAGCACCCCACUGACCCUCUGGUCUCCUUCCCGGGCCUGCGGCUGGAAGAGAAGAUCAUGGAACCCUUUUUGGUGGUCGGCCUGGACUCCCAGCCAGAAAUGUGCUUUGAGAUCCCUCCUCGGUGGCUGGACCUGACUGUGAUGGAAGCUGAGGGGCAGCCAGGCCAGGUGGCUGAGCCACGCUCUGUGGCGAGGGUGGAGGAACUGUCCGAAGCCUUCUACUACACUCUCCGGAAGCUGCCAGCCUCUGAGAGCCAAGCUCCCCCGCCCAGGCCCCCAAAGAGCAAGGGUGUCAGUGAGCAGAGAAUAGAGAGCUGCAAGGCGGCCAGUGGGAAGUCUCAAGUUAUAGGACAACAGCAAUCCUACCCACAGCCUGAACCCAAGGCGAAGACUUUGCAGGAGCUCCCCAAGGACAAAUCAAAUCUGUACAGCAAGGUUUCUGUCCACAAGAAAGACCUUAAAUCCAAAACUCAAACACAGGAUCCAGUGCUGAGCAUACAACCCAAAUCCUCGAGCACAUUGGGCAAAUAUUCUAUCACUGAGUCAUAUCCCCUGCCUGACUCAGAUAUUGACUACCACGACUAUGAAGAAAUCUGAGGCGCUGAGGAAGCCACAAUUCCCAGCUGCUGCUGUACCUGAAGUUGGGAUACCAGCUAACUCUUGGGAGACCUGGAGCCAAGUCUCCAGGGACUCAGACACAGAUGGGCACAGAACCGAAAUGGGACAGACACUAUCCCUAGCUCUUUUGGGUUCCAGAUUCCUGCCUCUGCCUGGUCCCAGGUUGCAUGUGAUAUUCUCACCAAUGCUUAGGUGUCCAGAGAAGCCAUUGAGUUCUGUUCAUUCCUGUGUUCAUCAGUUGCCCCACAACUGGGCACAGAGAAGAAUCAGGCUUCAGCAAUGCCUGCCUCCUAGGAAAGUGAACUCAGUCCUCAUUGCACACCUAGUGCUUGGCACCUCCUUUGUCUGCUCUCCCACUUCUGCAGCCCAGGCUCCGGGCCUGGGGCAGACGGUAUUCUCAUGUUGGUAGCACCUAGUCAAAGGGCUUGUGUGAAUAAAUGUGGGGAUUUGCCUCCAAGAACAAAAUCUUAGGAGGAGAGCUAAUUUACAAAGAUAGAAGGGCCAGAGAGAUGGCUCGGUGAUUAAGGCCCUUUGCUACUCUUGCAGAGGACCCAAGUUCAGUUCCCAGCAAGUACAUCAGGUAGCUCAUAACUGCCUGUAACUCCAGCUCCAGGGCAUCCAACACCUGCUUCUGGAAUCUGUGGGAACUGCACUCAUGUGUGACCACACACACACACAAAUAAGACACAAUUUAAAAAGCUUAAAGCUGGGUUUGGUAGUAUACAACUUUAAUCUCAGUACUCUGGUGGAAGCAGAGGCCAGUCUGAUCUACGUAUUUAUUAAGAAAAAAAAAAAAAAAAA